CAAUUAGUACAUACACACAACAAGAAAUGAAUGAGUGAGAAUCAUGUGAAGUGCCGCCACACUCUCUCUCUCUCUCUCUCUCUCUCUCUCUCUCUCUCUCUCAAUCAAAAGCUUCAUCCUUUAUCAUCCAACAAAACACCCAUUUCUGUUUUCGUAAAUUAUCCUCACAGAUUCUUCUUCUUCUUCUUAUUGGUUCCAACAAUGGCUACAACAGCCUCAAGGUUCAUCAAGUGUGUCACAGUUGGAGAUGGAGCUGUAGGGAAAACCUGCAUGCUCAUUUGCUACACCAGCAACAAAUUUCCCACUGACUAUAUUCCUACAGUGUUUGAUAAUUUUAGUGCAAAUGUGGUUGUUGAAGGCAUAACUGUCAAUUUAGGCCUAUGGGAUACAGCUGGACAAGAGGAUUACAAUAGGUUGAGGCCUUUGAGCUACAGGGGUGCAGAUGUUUUUGUCUUGGCUUUUUCUUUGAUUAGUCGUGCAAGUUACGAGAAUGUGUUCAAGAAGUGGAUCCCUGAACUCCAGCAUUUUGCUCCGGGUGUUCCUGUUGUACUGGUUGGAACCAAAUUAGAUCUCCGAGAAGACAAACACUAUUUGGCUGAUCAUCCUGGCAUGGUGCCGGUGACUACUGAGCAAGGUGAAGAACUUCGGAAACAGAUUGGAGCUACGUAUUAUAUUGAAUGCAGCUCAAAAACUCAACAGAAUGUGAAGGGAGUUUUUGACGCUGCGAUCAGGAUGGUCAUCAAGCCUCCACAAAAGCAACACGAGAAGAGGAAAAAAAAGCAUCACGGCUGUUUCCUAAAUAUCCUGUGUGGAAGGAAUAUCGUUCGUCAUAAAUGAAAAAUGGUGGUAGUAUUCGAUUCAAAUUUCGGAAAGCUUUAUGUGACAUGGGGAAGCAGUUUGCAGAAAUUUUAAGCCUGCAUAAAAUCACUUGGGUGGAGUUUGCAGUAUAGUAUAGUACUAUAGCUACUUACAUUUGACCGUUUUCGAUUUAGUUUCUUGAUAGGUUUGAGGAAUUAUGAUAUAUUUGCAGCAUAUAUAUUGUAAAGAAAUGACAAUUUGUUGGUUAGUUACCAAUUUGUUUGCAUGUGAUGGAAUUAAUAUUCUAUGUACAUACAGGCUUACAAAACAUAUAUUAAUUAGUGAGAGCAUUAUCUGA